ACACAUCGAUCCAUGGCUGGAGACGCCGUGUCGAUAAAAUGCGUUGCUUCAACAGGCGACACAUAUCGCUGCACCGUCGACGAGGCGCAUCCCGGCUGGGCUGAUCAGGUUCAUGGCCUGGCGACACGCGCCGACAAGAACGAAAGUAAUUGCUUUCGGCACGCCCUCUUGUCGUCGGAUGGCACCGCUGUAGUCACGUAUAACGAGGAUCUCAUUCUGAGGACUUUUGCACCUGCUGAGACAUCACCCUACUGUUCCGCUCCAUCGCCAGCAAAGCUCGGCUCGCUCACCCUUCACCCUGCCUUCGAUGUCACCAACCCUGCAACCACUCUGCUCGCAAUCUCUCAACCAGACUUGCCUAUACGUCUGACCAACGCUCUCGAUCUGUCAUACGUCCACGCAUCUUACACAUGGCAAAACUCCCUCACCGAAGCAUACAUAUCCCCUUCGUCCCUCCUCUUUGUCGACAACAAUCGCUUUGUCGCCGGCGCAAAAGACACCCUCGCAGUCUUUGACAUCCACAACCAAGAUGGUCCUGUCUACGAAUGUCCGACGAGAAAAGGCCGCAAGGCAAGGAAGCUCUAUGGAGCCGAUACCGCUGGCAUUGGAGGUAUCGUGUCUUCUUUGGCCCUGUCCAGCGACAACAUACUCGCCGCCGGCACAUACAACCGUCAAGUAGGCCUUUUCGAGAAUGCUGGUCAAGGAGAGUCCAUGGCUGCCUUCGAUUUGACCUACAAUGAUGCCGACGAUAAGCUGCUCAAAGGCAAUGGUGUAAGCCAACUCGCUUGGAGUCCGUGUGGGAAUUACCUUUUCGUCGCCGAGCGUCAAAGUGACGCUCUGCUUGUUUACGAUAUCAGACACACCGGACAGCGUCUGAGCUAUCUCUCUGGUCGCCAAGCUCUUACUACGCUCAAGCUUUCAUUCGACUUUACAACCCAUGUAGAUGGCAAAACCGAUAUCUGGGCCGGUGGUACGGAUGGCAAGGUCAGAGUCUGGCGAGACGUCACAAGUAAAGAAGGCCGCAUAGAUCCAGACCUCGCACUGCAUGCAAGCCAUGCUGCUGUGAGCAACACUAUACUCAGCCGCCGUGAACCCAUGCUUAUAACCACAUCUGGUCAACGUCGCAGUCCCAGCGAUCUCGUGGGCUUGGACGACUCCAGUUCAGACUCCGAUUCGAGCUCUUCGGAAUGCAUAUUGGACGAGGACGAGUCGGAGUCAGACGAUGAGCAACACAAACCAGGCGGGCAUCAGGAAGCUCAAGGCGAGACGCCGGCCUCGGGCAUAGCUUCCAGUGUGGCUGUGGGAGAUUCUUGGCGAAGACCCGCUUUUGACAAUACCCUCUCCUUCUGGAAGAUACUCUGA